UUGUCUCAUCCGCGUACUCAGCAGCGCGCGUCACGGGCGGAGGGUUUUAAGGAUUCAAUUUUAUAUAAGAAGAAGGGAGGAUGUUGCAAGAUGAAGAUUACGAUUCAGACACGAGUGACGAAGAUUUUGUGCCGCAAGGUGUUGAGAGUGACGAUGAACCGAUAAGUGGUGGAGAGGAAGAGGAAGAUGAUGAUUUAGAUGAAGAUGGGGAAGGAAAAUCAGCAGCAAAAGAUAAAAAGAAAAAAGGAAGGAAGAAAAAGGGCAAAAAAACGAACCCUCUUUUAGCACAUAUAGAAGAUAAGGAACAGGAUACAGAAGAAAAAGAAGCAGAGCAAGAUGUAGUAAGCAGUGAGAAGGAUAAAAAGAAAGAGGAUAAUUUAUGGGCAGAUUUCCUUGCCGAUGUUGAAGAUAAACCAAGCCCUCCACCUAAGCCAAAAGCUUCAAGUUGGGCAGCCUUAUUAGGGAAGAAGUCUUCAAGUAGUGCUAAUUCUACGUCUGCUCAUCCUGUUUCAGCUACAGUUAAGAAAGAAGAACCAAAGAAAGACCUAAAAAAAGAAAACCAAGAUAAUAAACCAAGCACUGUAAAAAUUACCAAGGUGUUUGAAUUUGCUGGAGAAGAAGUAAGAAUAGAAAAAGAAGUAGAUGCCAACUCAGCCGAGGCAAAAGCCGCAACUUUAACUCCCGAGAGCAGUACAACACUUGACAAGAAAGCUUCACCAGUUGGAGGUCUUGGAGGUGUGAAACGACCUGCAGGAUUAUCGAACAUCAUAGGGCUCUUGGAUAAUAAAAAGCAAAAAUUGACAACUUUAGAAAAGACCAAAUUAGACUGGAAUAGCUUCAAAGCUGAAGAAGGUAUUGAUGAAGAACUGGAAAGUCACAAAAAGAGUAAGCAUGGGUAUUUAGACAAACAAGCAUUUUUAGAAAGAGCUGAUAUAAGACAGUUUGAAAUUGAAAGAGCAAUGAGACAAAGUAAAAGAUCAAAUAGGUGAAAUUUCAAUGCAGGAGUGAGGCAGGCAUUACAGUUGGUACUUGGCCACUGCAUAAUAUCUCAAAGUUUAAGUAUUUUAUGUGCUAGAUAUAUGAAAAGUAUCAGCUUUGUGUACCUUCCAAAGGGAAGACGGGUAUGACUUUCAGACAGUGGUAUCAUCUCAGUCAUGUUUUACAUAAUUUUAUUUGAGCUGAAAAAAGUCUAGUGGAGACCAUACUCAUAUGUUUUCUGUGUUGGUACAACUUGGUUAAAGGAAGAUGCUGUAUGGUGGUUCGUGAUGUGGGAAGUACAUUUUUUUUUCUUUCUUUCUUUUCUUACGAAAGAAGCUGGCAUUUGCAUUAGUAAACUGCAUUGUGUAUGAUCAGAGGAGAUAAAGGGGAUACAUGCAGGGCACAGAGUUUGUAAUUGCUAGCAGGUAAUAUGAAAUCAGUCUGAUUCGCAGCCAGUAAGUCACUGAGACGUGUAAAUUUUCAACAAUAUAAGCAAAGUGCUAAAGUUUAAAAUUUAGAUUUGUAAUUUUAUUGUCUCCUUUUUAAAUUGGUGUGUGGGCUAGAUAGAGGAGGCCCAUGAUUUCAGUUUUCUCACCUAUGACAAAUGUUAAAGGAAACCUUAAAACAUUUCAUUUCUUCUUAUUGUAUUGAAUAUUUACUAUCCUAAGAAGUAUAACAUGUAGCUUAUCGCGUAGAAAAAAAAAUGGAUUGGUGGUGGGUAAUAGAAAAGAAAUGGGUUUCCAGUGUCUAUAUAUUUGAAGGUUUGGAUAAUAGGAAAAAAGUAGUCAUUCCAAACCUAAUAAGCACAGGGUAUAUCAACUAACUUGUUAAUAAAAUGAUGUUUUGAAAUCAGUGAUUGAAUAAAAUUUACUCAAGAGCAUGCCAAAGAACAUCUAAAAGAGGUAACUGAUGACAAAUCUAAAACUACUUGCCCAUUUUAAAAUCCAACAUUAUAGAUUCAAGAUAGUAUGGAAAAUAGAAACAAUGAAUAUGAUCAUUGUAUUCUGCAUAGUUAGAUAUAUGAAUUCUCUAAAAAGAAAAGAAAAAAUAGGAACCUUUGGACUUCAAAGACCAGUUUUGUGUUUGCCACAGACGCUGAAAUUGUCCAUCAGUGAACAAAGCUUUAUGCUUGUAAAAUACACUAAUUCAGUUCAAGAUUAAGAAUAGUUUGUCAUAUUGUAUGUAUUUGAAAUAAUACUUAUCAGAGGUAUGGAAACAUAAAAGAAUUAUCAUCUUCCUGUAUUCUACAUAUUUGAAACAAAGUGACAUUUAUUCAUAUUGUACAAUUUUGUAAGCAUGAAGGAAGGCAGAAUGUACCACUCAGCUGAAUAAUGUAAUUUCACCAUUCCUAUUCUCAUGGAACAAAAUGUACAUGUAUUAUUUUUCAAUAAAAUAAGUUAGAAGUA